AUGACGCUUAUCAUCACACUGCACCAUCCUUCGCUGCUGUACGAUCUGUUUGCCUCGCGCCCAAACUACCCAUCAACAUGCCAUCAGCUGCCGCUGCUGCACCACGCCGCGACACAGAACUGUGUGGGAUGUAUGGGUAUACUGCUGCGCGCGGGGGCAAAGGUGGACCUUCUGGACAAGGCCGGGUACACGGCGCUGGAUUACACGCUGCGCGGCGGGUCCAAGGAGAUAGUGAAAAUGCUGAUUGCGGCGGGGGCGCAGAGGGUGCUGAGGGCCUGCGAUGAGGACCUGAUGUGUUACAUGGUGCGCGAGAGGCCCGGGAUGGUGGGCACGUUAGCUGAGAUGGGGUGGGCAAGUGGUGGCCCGAAGGGCUUCCGGACGCCGAGUGUGGUGGUGCGGGUGGGGAAUGUGGAGGUGCUGAAGGAGCUGCUGGAGGCGUGGGCGGCGGUGGAUGAAGUUGGGGAUGGCAAGUGGGAGGGGUGGCCGCCGUUGCAUGAGUGCGUGCUACAUCAGGGGAGGGAGGAUAUGAUGGACAUACUAAUCCAGCAGGGCGCGAAUAUUGACGUGCUGAGUGCGGUGGGCUGGUAUCUCCGGAUCUACACGGGGCAAAUGGGGAUCACACCGUUGCACCUGGCGAUGAAGGAGGUGAAUUCGGCGGCGGUGGCGAAGUUGAAGACUUGUCGGUACAGUCGGAUCUCCUUAUCAGGGUAG